ACAGCCAACAAAUGCAUAACCAGACCGCAGGACAGAAUUUGAACCUCAUUUUGGCCCGUGAGCGUUUGCACUUUUAAAUGUUUUUUUUUUUGGGAAUGCCAGUCAUGUGAUAACUUUUUCAAUGGCACAUGUUCAUUGAGUGUCCUAAAAGACAUUCACAUCUCUAUCACAUUGCUACACAGUCAUCCUGCUGCUCAUUCUCGGCCUAUACGGUGAACAGGUGUAGGUCACCCGCUGAAGCAUGACGGGUGCAGAUCCUUCCUCUGAAUGUACAUUUGCAUUUGAACAGAACACUUGUGGAAAAAAACGCCUCAGUGGGUGUUCAGCACAGAUGAGUCACCAACGCAAUACGUCAGCCACCGAGGCUUUUACUCUGUUACUCUUCUUGCACUGCGGUCCCUAUUGUACUCUACAUGCCAAAAGGCUGCAAUAAAAAAAAAAGAAGAAUUUUCCUGAAGUGGUAACGUUUGCAAAAAGCUACAGCUGGGCGGACAACAUUGAACAAAAAGAACAAAAACUGUAUGACACCAGAGGCAUCACUGCGUGUCACUUAGACCAAAGAUAAAAAUCUGCUGUCACUUAACGUGAUCUGUUGUUCAUUCCUGCGUCUGUGUCAUCCUCCUCUUUGCGUGUUUGUGUGUCUCCUCUCUGUCGUGUUGUUCUCUUAUUACAUACUGUUUUUCGCUGUUUCUCUUGCCAACCUGCUUAUUUACUGAGCCUUAGGACUUCAAGGAGAAGUCACCAUUUUUCCAAACACUCACCUGUUUAUGACACCAGUGAAACGUACAGUCACGUGUCAACUGCUGUAGUCACAAAUUAGCCUGCUACACACUCACAUUCUGUGCCUACAUCACUCACCUAUGUUAAGACAGUGAUAACAUCAUAAUCUAGGACGUAAAAACAUCACAAGAGUCUGACUUACACCUGGGAGCCAUAAUGUAGGGCAAAAAGUCCCAAAAAACCCAACACAAACAGAUGAUAGAUGGCACUUUAUUAAUCACUCGUGAUUUCCCUAUGGGAAAUUUAGAAAAGCAAAUAUAGCACAAUCCAAUGUAUGGCCUACAACGGACGUCAAAAUGAACUGGUAACAGGUUUCGGUAUUAAGAUUGUAAAAUAGACAUCAGUAAAUCAACAGGUACGAGACAUGACUCAGCACUUUGUGUCAGCUGCAGCGUCCACAUUUGACUUGAAAAAGCAGAACUAUUUACAUCGCAUUCAGCACAAAUGCAGAGAAUAUAAGGGAAGCCACGUUGAAUUUCAAUUUCACCAGAGUAUAAGGAGCAUAAAGAUCUGAUUGUGAUUGAACACAGCAUCUUAUUGGUUAACAAUCAAUAACACUUUCCAUUAGCUUUAGGCAACGCAGGGAUCUUUAAUUUCCAAUUCAUUAUGUGCAAUGCACUCUGCAUUUGGACUUUUUAAGUGAGUGACAGGUGAAUUAAUGACACCUAAGAGGUUCGAUAAUACGGUGUUGGUUUUCUCAACAGAAAUCUACCGUUUAUAAUAAAAUGGUCAGUGGAUCGUAGGAAAUGUUAUCCUUAAGUUUUGUUAACAGACGUCGGCGUUAACGAUCAAACAACACGACCCAUGCGGAAGUGAUAAGAAGGUCGUUAAUUACACAUUAAUUGUCUUCUAGGUCAGAAAAUGAAGAGCAGGAGAGAAGCAUGUGGUAGGAGGAGAGAGAUGCGCAUCACGAACGUAGGCUCGCUCUCAUCCCACGCACGACGUUAGGAGUCCCCCUCGCUUCCACCGUGAAAACGCCCCUGUCCUCUCAUCCGAGUCGCUCAUCUCUGCUGUAAAGCCUUCUUUGCCGGCUUGCGUGUGUCUGCUGUCUCCAUCCUGCAGCUUCAUCAGAGAGCAGGGGGAGACGGAGCAGCGGCGGCGGAGGCUGUGGUGGCGGCAGCGGUGGCGCACAUCGUUCAGGUCCCUGCUCAUCAGGACUCGUCGGGAUUGACGCUCAGAUCCGACGGCGCAGAACCACAAUCUAUUUCUAUGACAACAGAGAAGGCUUUGGCUCUGGAAAUGAGGAGCGCGAUGGAGGGAGACGCCAAGAGGACCAAUCAGUUUCCUGAGGACCUUGGUGAUUUGGACGACAGCUCAGAGAAGACUCCCAGCAAAGCCUCUAAAUCCCCCCAGAAAAGUUCUAAGCGACCUAAGACUGUUCCUGUCAAAGUCAUCCUCCUCGACGGCUCAGACUAUGACACUGCAGUUGAGAAAUUUGCCAAGGGCCAGACUCUGUUGGACAUGGUGUGUGGCCAUCUGAACCUGCUGGAGAGGGACUACUUUGGCCUGAAUUUCCACGACACGGACGGCACCAAGCAUUGGCUGGAUCCUUCCAAAGAGAUUAAGAAGCAAAUCAGGGUUGGUUCCUGGAGUUUUGGAUUUUCUGUCAAGUUUUACCCCCCAGAUCCCUCUGUGCUCAUUGAAGACAUAACCAGGUACUACCUGUGUCUGCAGCUAAGGGAUGACAUCCUGUCUGGACGUUUACCCUGCUCUUUUGUCACACACGCCCUUCUGGGGUCGUACACUGUUCAGGCUGAACUGGGAGACUAUGAGCCUGAAGAACAUGGCCCAGACUAUGUUAGUGACUUCCGAUUUGCUCCCAACCAGACACGGGAGCUUGAGGAGAGAGUUAUAGAGCUUCACCAUAAUUACAGGGGGAUGAGUCCUGCAGAGGCAGAGGUCAACUUUCUAGAAAAUGCCAAAAAGCUUUCAAUGUAUGGAGUGGAUCUGCAUCAUGCUAAGGAUUCAGAAGGAAUUGACAUAAUGCUUGGAGUCAGUGCCAAUGGUCUCCUCAUCUACAGAGACCGACUAAGGAUCAACCGGUUUGCCUGGCCAAAAAUCCUCAAAAUCUCCUAUAAAAGAAGUAACUUCUACAUUAAAAUCCGUCCUGGAGAGCAUGAACAGUUUGAAAGCACCAUUGGCUUCAAGCUGCCCAAUCAUCGCGCCUCGAAGCGGUUGUGGAAAGUUUGCAUCGAGCACCAUACCUUUUUCAGGUUGGUUUCUCCAGAGCCGCCUCCCAAAGGCUUUCUGGUCAUUGGCUCCAAAUUUCGCUACAGUGGUAGAACCCAGGCCCAAACAAGACAGGCUAGUGCUCUCAUUGACAGGCCUGCCCCACAGUUUGAGCGGUCCGUUAGCAAGCGGUACAUGCUUCCUCGGAGCAUUGAUGGCGCCUCAGCUCUAGGUGACAGCAUAGAUCAGCUUUCCCAGCGAAGCUCGAGUGAACGGACGCAAUUCAUGUCGAGAGAAGACCUGGACCAAGAGGGCAGUCUGGAUCUGGAACAUGACCAGUAUCACUAUCAGGAUCAAGAACAUGAUCAGUACACAGAUCAGGAGUUUGAUCAGCAUGAAGAUCAUGAUCACAAUCAAAGAGAGAUCAGCAGCUUUACAACACCGACAAGGACUCUAGAGCUCAAGAGUGAAGAGGCAGGCACACUUGUUGACUCAAAGCCAGAGGAUGUGGCCAUCCUUCGGCCCAAACAGGAGCAGUUUUUGGACAAGCCAGAAGAUGUGCUUCAAAAGCACCAGGCCAGCAUCAAUGAGCUGAAGAGAGCUUUGAAGCAGACCAACAGUAAGAUGGCCCAGAGGGAGAAACGCAUCUCCUCUGCCACUCCUCCAGGAGGAACUCCUGAACGUAGAACAGAAACGCCUCCCACACCUUCUAUUCAUGAAGAACCUCUAUGCGAAGCUUCAAGGGACCAGUGGGAGAGACGUCUGGGCUCGGUUUCAGAGGAUGACCAGGACCACGACAUCUCAUACCUUAAAGAAACUCAUCUGGGCAUUGAGCGCAAAUGUUCCAGCAUCACAGUGAGCUCUACAUCGAGCCUGGAGGCUGAAGUUGACUUCACCGUCCUUACGGACCUGCACACAGGCAUGGAGGAGUUCUCAAGGGGCAUGUCAGAGCUGGGGGAAAGGGAUCUGUCGCCCGACCGAGGUCUGUACCUGGGCAUUGACUCAUUUCAGCAGCAGAGCUUCUCUGAUCCUCCUCCUCAGUUUGUGGCUCCGCCAGCUCCCGUGUCUAGAGGAGCUAGCAGCAACACUGCAGCAAAACAUUUCCAGACUGAAGAAUUCAAACCUGAGGUCAAAAGACCUGAUGUUCAGCCCAUAGUUCCUAAAAAACCAAAGAGAUCAGUGCCAGUGCCAUCCUCGAUCGACAGAGAGCACUCACAAAGAGAAACCGUUCGUGCACCUGCUGUUACACCCUUAAGCCGGGAGGCCAGUGACAUCAUGCCCACGCCAGCAGUAAGAAAGACGGAUGUCAGAACAGAAACUCAGCCGAAUGGUUCAGAGGUCACCACAACCAUUGUGGAGUUUACAGAUCAGGAUCACAGUAUUGCUGGUAUGAGUGAGAUGUGCUACUCUACAAGACAGAGUGUAUCCCCUGUGCACACAGGAAGUUAUGGACGGGAAUCAUCAGGAUCACCCAUUCUUGUCACAGAAAAUGUUACCUCAGCAACUACUCAUGUCACUAAGACAGUGAAAGGAGGAUACUCAGAGACUAGGAUCGAGAAGAGAAUCAUAAUCACAGGAGACGAUGACGUCGACCAAGAACAGGCUCUGGCUAUUGCAAUACAGGAAGCCAGGCAGCAGCAUCCAGACAUGCAGGUGACCAAGGCGGUUGUUGUCAGGGAAACAGAAUCGUCCAUUGAGGAUCGACACCGUGCAGCAGAGUCCUGAUUUGCUGAGCUGACAGUGCCACCCUUUGGACAUAGAGUGUCAGUGCCCAAUGAGAAAUCUCCACCCACUGUCCGUGCUGAGAGACUGGUGCUGAAAAGGAACGAUUUUGUACAUGUUCACAAAUACAGUGCUGGACCAGGAAUUCUUCCAAACCUUCCUCUAAGAUUUUUAUUCAUCUGACUCUUGACAACAUUUUCCUGUUCGAUCAAAAUCCGGCAAAGUCUUCAAUUGGUGGACAGUGUGCAAGUGGUCAAAGCAUAUUAACAAAAUUCCAUUCAAAGAUCUCAGGACAACGAUCAGGAUAUUUAAGCCACUUGAUCAGUAGUUUAAAAAGCUAAAGGGGUCUAAGUGUUAACGAUAAUUUAAGUGGCAUCUAUAUAUUCAUACACAGUGUGACAUCACCCAUGACCAAGUCAUGUACAGAACAUAUCCUGUAGACCAGGCAUGCCCAAACUAUUCCUCAAAGGGCCGUGUGGCUGCAGGUUUUUAUUCCAACCAACCAAGAGCACAUAGUUUGACCAAUUAGCUGUCUGAAGACUGAGACCAGUUGAUUAAACCUCUCAACUCAGGUGUGCUACUGCUUGGUUGGAACAAAAACCUGCAGCCACAGCGGCCCUUUGUGGAACAGUUUGGGCACCCCUGCUGUAGACAAUUAGGAGAGUGUAACCACGACCAGAGAAGAGCCUGCUGUGUUAUACGCUCAAGUUAGUAGAGUUUAUUGGCAAAAAAUUGUAACAUGUUGAUUGCCUUUGUGUAUAAGCGUGUGUGUGAAUGUUUGGGGAUUAUAUGCAAGGGCCUAGUCUUACAGAGGCAGCCAUCUUGCAGCUUGUUAAAUUCUGCAACUACAAAGUCAUAUCACACAAAUGAAUUCACCAAGAACUAAAAAGACAAACAAACAGAAAAACAAACAAACAUUGGCAUCAUUUUGCUGUGUGCUGAAAAUACAUCUGCUGUGUGUUCUUCCAUUUUGUCAGUGUAUUCCUCACCGUACAUACAGUACAGUUUAGUACAGUACAGCAUCAGUUCUGGCAAAGCAAGGUUUAGGAACAAGAAGAAGACUUUGAGUAUUAGUUGAAGCCACAGUAAUGAAGAGGUGAGCUUCAGCACACUGACUGAUGACAAUGGAUUAAAAAGUUAGUCAAACAUACUUUACAGGUUUCCAAAGAAAGUUGGUUAAUUUCUUAUAUAAUUCUUAUAUAUUAAUAUGUAGUUUGGUAAUUGACUAAAAACUAAUUUAAGAAAAAAAAAGACAGGAGGAAUAAUGUGUAUUGUUACUAAUGAUAUUGGGUAAACUGACAAUUGUUUUAAAAAAGCUUGGUCUGCCUGCAGUCCAGAUGCAGAACUGACCUCCUAGUAAAAAUAUCUGACACAUUACAUAGAGAAAAACAACUGUGACCAAAGAGUGUGGAGAGUGUGAAGUUUAAGUUUGUUUAACAUUAAUGAAAAACAGUUAGAAAAAAUUACAAUAAUGAGUAUCCUCAGUUCCAAAAAACUAAGACAAAAUAUAAAUAAAAUGCAAUGUGUCCCAGUAGCUAGUUUGCCUGUGUCCUAGCUAACUUGGUGUGUGUUUACCGGGAACUACUGUACUUUUAUUUUGUCUUUUCUGUUUUCCAGGUAUAGAUAAACUACAUAACAAUUUUUUAAAGGUCUACUGAUUUUUCUGGAACUGGGGUUGGUAUCAGUAAAAUAAAAACUGCAGCUUAUGUUUGCAUGGUAACUGUGUCAGUGGAUAUGUAAAAAAAAAA